UACUUUCUGACUUUGUUUCACUCAAGUAGCCUUUGCUGAACUUGUUUUUGUUUUGACUUUUUUUUUUGUUUUUCUUACAAGAAAUGAUUCUAGAAAGAGCUAAAGCCUUACUGGUCCUUGUGGUGGGGCUACAGACUCAGGCGCUCUUUGCGCUCCCAGUACAAGUAGUAGAUCCCAACGAUCUCCAACAAGACAAGUAUUGGUGGCCUUCACUUGUUAGCACACCACUUGUUAGCCUUCUUGGAGACGCUUGUUAUGAAAACUUGUUUGAAGAAUUCCAUUUCACUGAUAUUCCUUGUCUGAAAUUAGCUAUUUCCAAAGCGUUAGGAUUGGGUAUUGUAGUGGGAGGCGCUAUCAUAAAAGUACCACAGAUCUUCACCAUUGUUCGACACAAAUCAGCCAAGGGCUUAUCAUUUGCCUCUUUUCUGCUAGAAACAUCUGCUUACAUGAUUAUACUUAUGUACAACACACGCUUGCAUAAUCCAUUCAGUACUUUUGGCGAAGUGUUAUUCAUGACAAUACAAAAUAUUCUCAUUUCAUUCUUAAUUGUAUUCUAUUCGACAACGACAACAUCAAAAUCAAAAGUAAUGGCAAUGUUAUCAAUGGGAUUUGUCAUUGGAUUCAUUUUUCUCAAAUUAAUACCAAGCUGGCUCAUGUCGCUACUAUACGCCGUUCAAAUUCCAAUUGGUCUUGCAAGUAAAAUACCACAGAUAAAGAUGAACUAUCUCAAUCGAUCCACUGGACAAUUAUCAACAUUUACUGUCUUUAGUUAUUUCAUAGGCACUACCACACGCGCUUUUACAACUUGGACAGAACUUGAUGACCCCAUUAUGCUCGGAGGAAACAUCUUGGCUAGCUUCUUGAAUAGUAUUUUAGUUGUACAAUUGAUCAUUUACAGAGAAGAUACCAAGCAUUCACCUAUACUUGUUUCAGAAUCAACAAUGUCUAAAGCAGAUUGAUUUUUUCUAUUUUUCAUUUUUCCUUUUGUUGGGAGGGAGGGCUAAAAUUUUCUUGGUACACUCUCUUUGGGGCCUGUCUCUGUUGAAUGGCUUUAGCCUUCUUACGAAUACCCUUCUCAUAGCUCAUCAAAAUAAAAGGUCAUUGUAAAUACUUUUUUCUUGUAUUUGCAUCAGUUAAUA